UUGCGUUUUGUGUUGUUUUCUCCUGGCCAUCAGUAACUCCAGUCAUUCUGAAUUCGCUUUAGAGUAAAGUUCGUAUUGUUGUAUUGACUUUCUUUUUCAUUCAUGGUGCUGUGCGAAGGGUUCGCUAACACCCCCGGACACGUUUGUGACAUAGUGCGGACCGAGGAUUUUUGCCCAUUACUCUAUGCGUGAGUGAGUGACUAGUGAAACUUUUUAUUUUUUAAUCGGUUUAUAUGAAAUGGCAGCUUAUGCACAGUUUGGUUACUCUUAUCCGUCGGCAUCUCAGUUACUAGUAUCUGGUCAAACAACGACAACAUCAUCAUCGUCGCCGGCGUCUGGUGGUAGUUCUUUAAGCCCAGGGGGUUCGGCAUGCGGUCCGGUGGGUGCUCUGUCGCCAGGGGGUACGUCGAGUACCGGGCCGACGCAAUGUUGCGAGUCGGGAAGACCUCUUGUAACGGACCCGGUUACCGGUCAAAGCGUGUGUUCCUGCCAGUACGACUCUGCGCGUUUGGCUGCUUUACAAUAUCCUCGAAGUUACGACUCUGCGCGUUUGGCUGCUUUACAAUAUCCUCGAAGUGUCGGGGUUUACGGCACGCCUUAUCCUUCUACAGAUCAGAACCCCUAUCCUAGCAUAGGGGUCGACAGCUCAGCCUUCUAUUCUCCCUUAGGAAAUCCAUACGCUUUAAAGGACGCCAGUGGCACGGCUGAUAUGAGUGCCUGGACAAGUGCAGGAUUACAAGCAACUACUGGUUAUUAUUCUUAUGAUCCAGCUUUAGCAGCUUAUGGAUACGGGGCAGGUUACGACCUGGCGGCCAGGAGGAAAAACGCGACCCGAGAAUCGACUGCAACCCUUAAGGCCUGGCUCAACGAGCACAAAAAGAACCCGUACCCUACCAAGGGCGAAAAGAUCAUGCUGGCCAUCAUUACCAAAAUGACCCUGACGCAAGUUUCCACGUGGUUCGCGAACGCGAGGAGAAGAUUGAAAAAGGAAAACAAAAUGACGUGGGAACCGAAGAAUAAAACGGAUGACGAUGACGACACCAUGGUAUCGGAUAACGAGGACAAAGACAAGGAUGAUGACGAAAAACGAAACGAAACAGACAUUCAUGGUCACAUAAAGUCCGAACGAAACGGCAAGGAUUUAGAAGACGACGACCUCACAGAUGAAGAAAGGAAAGACGACAUUCUGGGUAAUUCGAUGCACCACAUGCUAGGUAACAGUUACGGUAUGAAGCCCGAAAUGAAACCUUCCGAUUGUGGCGUCCCAUUGCCACCGUCCAAACCAAAGAUUUGGUCCUUAGCCGAUACAGCAGCGUGCAAAACACCGCCGCCUCCACCGCUAGCUCAACAGCCUUGGUCUAACAGCAGCAACGGAUUCGCGUUGCCGAGUUCGGCGAGGUACGGUGGAAGUUCGGGCGGAGGGUUCCUUCCGAACCAUUGUCAGCAGGGGUUUCCCGACGUACAGACGGAUACGCCACCCCAGACACCCCCUAACAUGAAGCUGCCGAGUGUCGCGGGCAACUUAUUGCCGGGACAGAGUCCCUGUUUAAGUGGCAACGCCGGGAAUAAUGGAUAUUCGCACCCGGGAUUCUUGGGGGGAUUCGGACGACUGCAGUCACCCCAAAGACCGCCACACACGCAAAACAAUCAAGUGGCCAACCCUAGCUCAGAAAACGCUGCCUUCAAACCUUUCUAUAAAAGUUCCCAAAGUAUGAACGGAGGGUUCGUGUCACCAGUGUGAGCCGCGCCCUGCUGGACGGUUCGCUAGGUCGUGACCGACGGCAGGGACAAACUAGACAAACCUGACAAGAGAAAAUGGGCAAAGUGCAAAGUUUAGUAAAAGGAUGUCAGGACGUGAGUGAGUUAACGACUUGCAGUGAAACUGGUGGUUGCAAUCCAAUGUAAAUUUCGUGUACAUGCAUUUAUUUAUAUCUGUGAUAAAGAACAGGAGUUUGUCCAAAAAAAAUGGUGUUUUAGCUCGGCGGCAGUGGGACUAUUUUUUGUUUUUUUUUCUUCUUUUUGUUGGUCGUAUACGGAAGUGGUGAAAACGCGACCGGAUUUACUUUUUUUUUUAAACUUUAAUAUACAUAAAGUGCAACAUUUAGCGGUCAAUUGCAUCACUUUCUUUAUUGUUAUUUAAUUAAAAGUUGAAUUUUAAACUGUUGUGUAUCAAGGAUUUUUAACAUCGCAACUAACAUAAUUUGUUGGGUCUCAGCCCGAGAUUGUAUAUUAUUAACUAUUGUUUGUAAAUAGAUCAGUGUGUAUAGGAAUAUUAUAUGAAUUACAAUUAUCAUUGUCUUGA